GGCACUUACAGGCAGCAGGCGGUGACAUCGUAUUACAACGACCCACUGGAGCACGCAUGACACCUGCAAAUCAUGCGAUUUCUUGCCGAGAGCGACAUGGCGUUCAACUGCGUGAAGCUUGAGAGUUUCAAACGCAUGUUGACAAUGAUCAUCCCACCUGGGGUUCCAGGGUUGCCCACCCCGAAACCCCCGACAUAUCACAUGAUCCGUACCUCGCUUUUGGAUGAGCUUGAUGUGGAAGUUCAAAAGUGUGUGAAACCCGUCCUUGCUACUUCGGCAACCUACGGAUGCACGAUCAUGACAGAUGGGUGGACCAACAUUCGGGGCCAAACGUUGUGCAACUACCUCAUUGGGACCACGCGGGGCGCGACAUACGUCGCGACAGAUGUCAUGCGAGGAAAGAAGGAUGCCGCCGCUCUGGCGCAGGCGUGGCUGCGAAGGUUGAAGUCCCUUGACAUCAAGCUCGCAGACAUCACCGCGUUCGUCACAGACUCGGCUAGUUCCAACGUUUCUGCGAUGGAGGUGUUCCAGAAGGAUGAGAGUGUUAAGCACAUCUUCUGGAUUCCUUGUGUGGCGCACGUCAUGAACCUCAUCCUCGAGGACAUCGGCGACAUUGAGGGGGUGGCGACCCGCAUUGCUCAGGCGCGGGUGGUCACAAAGUUUUUUAAGCGCCAUAGCCAUGCUCGCGAGACUCGCUUCGGCACGCAUGUCAUUAUGAUGCGGCGGCUUCUUAAGUUGCAAUCGCAUCUCAUGAGGGCGGUGAUCGACGAUCGGUGGAAGGACACUGUUUGGGCGACGAAGAAGAUUAGAGACGAUGCCGCGGAGGUCACAGCAUGUGUCGGUUGUCCUUGGUGGUGGGAGGAUAUGAUGGCGUUGUGCAAGUUGUUGGAUCCCAUCAUGGACAUGCUGCAGAUGGUGCACAGCGACACGAGGCAGAUUGGCAAAAUUUUGUGUCAGUACGACGAGAUGAUCGUGCGUUAUUUGUCAGCAUGUGUCUCGUUUGACAGGGGUGAGCAGGACGCAGUUCUCGAGGUGUUUGACAGACGCCGCACAAUGUUCAAGUCGCCUGCUCAUAUUGCUGCCAUGAUGUUGGAUCCCGAGUUUCGAGAGCGCACGAUGCCAGACGACGACGAGAUGCAUCAGGGUUUUAAAGUCGCUCUUGUUCAGUUCGGGUACCCGGAGGGUUCGGAUCAGCACAACGAGGUGCUGGCUGCCGUUGACAAGUUUCACACCAGGGAACCGCCGUUCGACGACGUGGCCAAGGACCGAGCGACGAGGAGCUACACCCAUCCAGCCACGUUUUGGGAGUCGAAGGAGAAGAGGUUCCGGCACACGGCCUUCUUUGCCGGCAGGAUACUGCGUGUGUGGGCGACUGCAUCGCCCUGCGAGCGAGCAUGGUCCCGCUGGAGCUUAAUCCACUCCAAAUCCCGAAACAGAUUGGAGGUGGCACGGGCCGAGAAGCUCGUGCGAUGCUACUGGAACCUUCGACUCCUCGACAGGCAGGGUAUGUCGGACGAUGCUCCCAACGACAGGCCACAUCCAUACGGGAGUUGGGUGCACUAUUGGCAGCAGGUGGAGGAGGAGGUGCCCACUGACCAGCAGCUUGUCGCCGACAGAGGAGCCCGUGUUGCGGUGACGCAUGAGGAGUUGUUGCACGCUAGAGAGAGGAUGCGUGCCGUGUCCCGCAUGGGAGCCGCUYGUCGUUUGCGAGAGUCAGAGAGGAGGAGACGUCGUGGAGGUGGUCGCGGAGGUGGUCGUCGGGCCGGUCGUGGGCGAGGCGGGCGUGGAGGUCCUGACGGGAGGAGGAGUGUCGCGAGUCGUGGAGUGACGGCGGCCCAGCUUAUACGCAAGCCUCGCCAGCGAUGGGACGAGGGAGACUUUUUGUACGAGAGCUCAUCGAGUGUUGAUGAGGAUUUCUUCGGCAGUGGCAUGCCUGCACAGGAUGGCGACAGCGAUUUCGACGACCGUCACUUGGACGUGGACGGCGAUGACGGCUCCAGAGGCGAUGAUCGUGGUGAUGGGGGAGAUCAGCCACGACCUCGCUCGACACGGAGAGACGACGAUAGAGGGUUUGACGAGGGAGCGGGACAUUGCCGUGUUGAUGGUGACGCUGAUGCAGGGAGCGGUGCAGUGGCCUCGAGACCUGCAGACGGUGACACCAAGGACGUCCCCGGGGCGGGAGGCGAGCACCGCACAGCCUCGGAUGGGGUGCGAGAUGGAGCGACUGAUGGUGGUGCAGGACUUGUGGAUGGCGGUGGCUUGAGGCGUUUGAAGCGCGGACCCAGGGAACGAGACACUAUCGCUUCCCCUCCGACGGGGUCCUCGGCAGCAAUCCAGGAGUCGGAAUCGGGUCUGGCACCGUCGAUGCGUCAUCCUGAGUUGAAGGGAGACAAUGAUGUUCUCCUGGUGAUGGACGACGAGGGUUCGGCUCGUUCAAUGCAUCAGCUCACUUCUGCUGGAGCGCCUGCAUUGUUAGUUGUAGCAACCUCCGAUGUGCGACUACCACCGUCAGCGGCGGAGCGAGAGACUGUGUCGCCGGCUCCCAGUGCUUUGGAUGAUCAUCCCGAUGUAGCCAUGGAGGGGGUUGAGAGGCAGCAACCAAGCACACAGGGAGCCGAUGCAGUUGAUACUGUGUCGCAGCCACCACGUGCAUUGACGGAGGGGACUGCAGAUGUGUGUCUAGGCGACGAUCUCCCGGACGUGGUCGUCUCACGCACUCCCUCCGCUGAGCAUAUCGCCGUUGCCCUUGUCGGCCUGGAUUGCCCCACCGGCAGUCUUCCUGGUACAGCUGAUUUACUGGCCAUGGACUCGGCGCUCGCCUCGCUCCCGGACUUGUCGACGUUGAUAUCUCCGAGUCUGCCCCACGUGCCAACGCCCAACCUGCAACAGCCCGUCGCCAUGGAACGCGCACCAGGCGCGUUUGACGAGUUUGGAGGCGAUAUGAUUGUUUCUGCCACGCCCACGAUUUUUCGUGUUGGCAGGCCACAUGAGGUGGACCUUGGGAAGGCCGAGACGGCGACUCGACAGCACCGCGGCGGUCACUGCAGCAUCGCACACCGCAGUUUGUCCGAUUCCUUUGGCGUUCCUGAGGGAGGGUGUGUAGGCAGGGCAGAUGACGCAGUCGGCAGAUCAGCAAGACCCUCAAGUCCGCCGUCGAGAUCAGAGCAUCACCCCGUUAGCGGUACUUCCGGCGAAGUUACGGGCUGCUGGGGGGUUGGACGAGCCGGGAGCACGGAUUGCAGGCAGACCCUCCGCACCUUAUACGGGGACACAACCAUCGGGAGUGUCGACGGUGCUCGCCACACCGCCAUGUCAGAGUAUGAGGACCGACAUGGGAGCGCCUUGCCGACGAAGACCUUUGAUGUCCAUGCUACGAGGGCCGCGAAGGCGAGUCUUUCUCGAGCGAGGAAGAAGGCUUCGGAAAGGAAGGUGUCACGCUCGUCGCCACAUAUGCGAUCCCACAUUGGGCGAUUCGGUGUUGCGCCUCUCGAGGACGGAGAGAUUACACCUGAUGGCGCUGCGUCGGAUGUUGGAGAGAGGCCUGCGGGGGCGGACAGCGUCUGCAGGGAGGGUGCAGACACUGUAGGACAUGCAGUGGCAGGUCAGAAGAGACGUAGCGGUGUACUUAUCGUCCACGACGACAGCACGGAUGUCGCCCCGGGAGAGACCACAGGCACUGAUGAUGCAGGGGACUCUGAUUACGUGCGUGAACCUCGGGGGGCGGACGGAGAUAUUGAAGGAGGGCGACGAGUGAGACCGAGGACACGACUUGGGCCAUCCGGCCAAGUAUCUUAUCGUGGUUGGCAUGGGAUAUUGUUGUCGACGACGCCGCGUUGAUAUCUCCUGGACUUGGAGAGAGAGAGAGAGAGAGAGAGAGAGAGAGAGAGAGAGAGAGACUGUCGACCUCGGCCCGGGCUACCACUA